AUGUGUACACUGUCGGGGACUCACAAGGUUGGAUACCAAACAUGGAUUAUUACACUUGGGCUGAUUGCGGGGCUUAUUUCGUGGGUGAUAUCAUUGUUUUUAACUACAACGAAGGCCAUGCCGUGGCCGAAGUGGAUCGACAUGGUUUUUGUCACCUGCAAUGCAACAAAUGCAAUACUUUACGACAACAGUAGGCACACUUCCGUUACUCUCACAAAAGCUGGACGACAUUUAUUUAUCUCCGACGGGCCUGGCGAUUGCAACAGUGGGAUGGAGUUUCCUCUGGAUGUAACUUGA